UUGAUUGUUGACGUAGCCGCAUAAUUUUUGUCUGGAUCGAAACACAAAUUGAAAAAUGUACAUUCCAUCCAUUUCUGUGAUUUUAUGCACAAUAUUUAUGUGUUAUAUCUCGCAUUCCGUUUAUACGUUAGUGAAACUAUUCACUACUCCAGUUUGUAGCCAGAAGCCAUGUUUUCACUCAUAUUUAGCCAACAAUCCGAAAUUGCAACUGUUAUUUUUCAUGUCGACUACGAGUAAUCCGAUAGGGUCGGAAGUGAAAAAAAUUGAAACCAUAAGAUCCUUUGAAUAUAAUAAUGAAUUCACUAGGAUCUUCGAUGUUGAUAUUCCAGCAAAAACUCGGCGAAACGGUUCUUUAUUCAUGCACGUCGUGUUAGCCGCCAACAAUGAUAAUCUGGAAUGGAAUUCUAUCAAGAGAGAUGGGCCAACUGUCAUCCAAAAAUUAUUGCUAACCGAGUACGAAUUACCCCGAGCGUCGACAUUCCGGCUUCUAGGUGAAUCGGUAAAUGAAUAUAGAAUACAAAAUGAUUAUGUAUGUUGUCUAAUAAUUUGCUCUUUGAAGGACAAUGAAGCUGAUUCUGUUGAUAACAGAUUCUCUUCGAAACCGGUUACUCACAUACGCACAAAACUCUAUCUUAAUAUUUUAACUGAGCUAUUUGAGAUGUCUGCAGCAGAUGUCCCACCCGAACUUGCACGUUUUGUACGGAUCAAUUAUAAGGAUCAGUUCCUGCCCAUCAUACACGUCGACUUUCUAAAGACUCGGCAACAAGAUCUUGUUCAAGUGACUUCAAAAAUGUCCAAUAUUUCAAUAGAGUUUAAUUAUGCACCGAUUGGAGUUGGAAAACUUAAACUUUUAGCCCAUGUAGAACUAGCCCUACAAGCGCUUCAAAAAAUGGGUUUCACUAAAAAGGAUCUUAACGAGGUAAAAGGCAUAUUCUCGGAUACCAAUCUUUAUUUGUUGUGCGGUACUGUAUUCGUCGGAAGUAUACACAUGCUUUUCGAUUUCCUGGCAUUCAAAAAUGAUAUAUUGUUUUGGAAAAGGCGCAAAAACUAUGUAGGCUUGUCAGCAAGAUCCGUUCUCUGGUGCACAUUUAGUCAAAUUGUUAUUUUUGUAUACUUGCUUGACGAAGACACUUCCUUGCUGGUACUUAUUCCCGCUGGGAUAGGUACUUUUAUAGAACUAUGGAAAACAAUGAAAAUAUUUAGAUUAACUGUUUCCUGGAAUGGAAUAAGGAAGCAACCUAUAUCUGAGCAAAAGAAAGCACUUAUUAUGGCAGAAGAUGAGACUCGGAUAUUCGACAGACAAGCGAUGAAGUAUCUAAGCUAUAUUUUGUAUCCGCUAUGUGUAUUAAGUGCAAUCUAUUCAUUAAUCUAUCAGUCGUAUAAAAGCUGGUAUUCUUGGACAAUAAACUCACUGGUUAAUGGAGUUUAUGCCUUUGGAUUUCUUUUUAUGCUGCCUCAGCUGUUUAUCAAUUACAAAUUGAAAUCAGUUGCAACUUUGCCAUGGAGAGCGUUGAUGUACAAGGCUUUCAACACAUUUAUUGAUGACAUUUUUGCUUUCAUUAUCACUAUGCCGACAUCACAUCGUAUUGCAUGUUUCAGAGACGAUGUAGUAUUCAUCAUAUAUGUGUAUCAACGAUGGUUGUAUCCAGUAGAUAAAACACGAAUUGAUGACGGGUCAACAAUUUCUGAAAUUGAAGAGACGUCACCAGAAAAGCCUAAAACUGAAUAACUGCCUACUACGCAACUUAAUUAUUAGCAGACAAGUGUGACUCAUCAGUUGAACAUAAAAUUAUCACUCGUAUUGUUUUAAAUUAAAACCAUAACAAUAAAAUAUUAGGUACUACGAAAUUUCAACUUGA